UUCAGUCUGUCCUCGUGUUUCUCGAAACGUCUUCGAAUGUCAAAUCGCAGUAGUUCUGACGAUAAAAGCAGCUGCGAGUCUUUUCACCGACCCAGCCUCUCGAUUAAGAUGCAGCGGAGCCUGAGAAAAAUGAAGGAGAACCUCCAAAGAAUUACUGGUACGACUACGUCAGAACAAGUCGAUCACCUUUCCAUAGAUAGUUUUCCAGAGGACGAUAAGCAAUCGCUGUAUUAUUUCCCGGAGGAGCUGUCCACCCUGACCUGGCGCACCGGCUUCUCCAAGGAUGAAAUUCGCAGGCUGUACCGUGCUUUCAAACAGUUCUGUCCUCGAGGAUGCGCGACGACUGGCGACCUUAAGCUCGCGUAUGCCAAAUUGUUCCCACUGGGUGAUCCAACCAGAUACACGCGAAUCGUUCUUCAUAGCUUCGACAAGGACGGCGACGGCUUCGUCAGUUUUGGCGAUCUUCUAGAAGGCACAGCGUUGAUCAUGAACGGCAGCGUGGACCAAAAGCUUUCUUGGAUAUUCGGAUUCUACGAUCUGGAUGGAGACGGUUGCAUCACGAGGCGGGAGAUGUUGGCCAUAAUAACUGCGACUUACGAGAUGGUGCAGGACGUACAGACGAACCAGCCCGCGAUUAAGAUCCAAGUAGAUAGGUUCUUCGAGAAGAUGGAUGCUGACAGGGACGGCAUAGUCACUAGGGAGGAGUUCAUGAGCGGUUGUAAGAAUGUACGGCCAACUAGUUCAACGUCCCGCGAUGUGUAAUUGCUCGUCUUAGUGAUAGU